AUUAACUUGUUGUCUCCCAUAUUUUAUAUUUAGAACUGCUUGCAUCAACAUGUCAUGAUCGCUGCAACAACUUUCAUAUUAUAAAGAAAGAACAACAACAUAAAAGAAAAAACAGGAAAGACCAAUUCAGGUUCAACUGCUUCAUUAUAGUUUCUUUGCGGAUGAUCAACCACUACUUUCCCCUUUAAUUAAGAUCCCACUUCACCAACCCCAACUAAUAUCCAAGAGAUCAAAGAAUUGGAAUACACACACAAAGAUAUGAAGGCUUCUUCCAUUUCCAUGGUCAUCUUCUUCACCACCUUAUCUUCUUUAUCAAUCUUGGUAAACUCACAAACCGAUUCUUGCAGCUCAAAUCUGAACCUCAAUAGACAGCUUCCCUUUGAUAUUGCAUCUCUCCACUGCGCUUCUGUAUGGAAUGCUCACAACUACAUCCUUCGAUUUGUGCAAACAUCUCAGAAUCUAUGGAGCUUUGUCCUCUCAGCACCAGACGCAAGUUCUUACGUGGGAAUAGGAUUCUCAAGCAGCGGUUUAAUGGUGGGAUCGAGCGCAAUCGUGGGUUGGGUAUCGUCGACGGAUGGUUCAGCGAUGAUAAAACAGUACUACUUAGGAGGACAAACUCCGACUCAAGUAGUACCUGACUCAGGCAACCUAAAUAUUACAUAUUCCAUGAUCACAUCUCAAUCGUCACGUUUGUACUUAGCCUUCCAGUUGAGCAUCGAUCAGCCGUCUUCCCGGUUGAUUUAUUCCCUUGGACCGGCCGGUAGAUUCCCGUCGGCACCAGGCUACCAGUUGAUGGAGCACCAAGAUAAGGUGUCUACGGCUUUGAAUUACGUGACAGGUGCGACUAGCAACAAUAACCCUCAAAGUGGACUAAGAAAGAGCCAUGGGAUACUGAAUAUGCUUGGAUGGGGAAUUAUGAUGAUAAUAGGAGCAAUAGUUGCUCGCUACUGCAAGCAAUGGGAUCCUAUUUGGUUCUAUCUUCAUACUGCCAUUCAAUCUUUGGGAUUUCUACUGGGCUUAGCAGGAGUCAUUUGUGGGUUUGUCCUGGAAGAUCGUCUCAAUGCUGAUGUCUCUACCCAUAAAGGCCUUGGGAUCUUCAUUCUUGUUCUUGGAUCCCUCCAGGUGAUGGCAUUUUUGGCAAGACCAGACAAGGCAUUGAAAGUGCGAAAGUAUUGGAAUUGGUAUCAUUAUAGCGUGGGGAGGAUAUUGAUGGUAUUUGCAAUAGCAAAUGUGUUCUAUGGAAUUCAUCUAGGUGAGGAGGGAAGUUCUUGGAAUGCUGGCUAUGGGAUUGUUCUUGCUAUCUUGUUUGUAGUUGCUUUCAUUUUAGAGUUGAGGGUUUGGAUGUCAAAAUGAAUUUCUUAAUUUCAACUCUUGUAUCUUUAUGUAACAUUUUAUUAUUAUUAUUAUUGUUAUUAUUGUUACUAAUUAAUUAAUUGCUACUGAGAAUUUGAGAGGAUUUAUUUUAUUUUAUUUUAUUA